GGACUUCAGCCAAUUACUUAGCAUCGUAAUGGGCCAAGUAACCAGUUUACUUAUCGGCUCACUGGCAGCACUCACCCAUUCAUAUAUCCAGUAAGUAUAUCUGCAAAGUUUUAUUCUGAUAAGAAACUUUUAUCCGAACGAUGAAAAUAUAUUCUGCUGCCAUUAUCCUAUCUCAGUUACUUACAUGAUUUUUGGUCGAGAAGGCUCACGCGCUAAGGGGUCAUUUUUGUCCACCAGCCAUUACUAUUUCCCUUGUUCCCAUAACCUUUCUGCAUAGGAAACAGACUUUGUUCAUCUUGCAUUUUGAUCUUGUUCCUAUUCUACCGCCCUCAUAAGUGCUUUGAUAUAACCAAGUGACCAUUCAGCGUGACGGAAUAUACCAGCCAGCCCCCAUCGUUUUCAGUGCUAACCAAUGGGUCCCCCAAAGUCUAAAACGACGAUUCGGAUAGGCAUCAACUUGGGUCCCGCGAGCCAAUUUGCAAACUCGCCCACGACCGUUAUCGAGCUAAAGGGUCGGACAGAUCGCGAAAAGGGCGAACACUAUCUACAAUUAUCAUUAUCAGCCCUGAAAGAUCUGGCCGACUUGGUGGAAGACGGUCGCCUCUCGGCACAUGAAAGAGAGAAGUACAAUCGAGAUUACCUCAUUAGCAGAGAUCGAUAUGACGACUUGGUAGGACUCAGGGACCGACUUUUGGCACAGAAGAAAUCCUUUCGCAGGUUUCUUGUUAACCUUUUCGUCCGCGAAUCGGAUGCGCGCCGCUUUUAUAAAGUCACAUAUGAGAGUUAUGCGACCAUCAGAAGAACUUCAGAAGGCCUUGUCAGACGAUUGCUGCUGGAUAAGAAUGAUAUCUCUGCUUCGGGAAGCCCCAGAGGGUCCGCACAAGGCGACGUUUCUGUUUGUGAGGAGAGUCCGCCUGAUAUAGUAGAAGGCAAUAUGUCGGUCAAAGAUCUUCCUCCGAACGAAACCCUCCGAGGCAUAAACGUGGAUGUCGAUAACGAACAAGAAGAACAAGAGGCCUUUGCGAUUCUGAAUCGAAUCGCGAGAUCCGGAGAAGCAGACGAAGACGAAGACGAAGACGAUGACCGAACCAUCAAACCCUCGACCCCAGAGAGCAGACCAACGUCUCCUAGCCCCAGCCUCACAGUCAUCAACAAUUAUAAUUUCUACAACCAAAGUGUGGUGUCUGUUGAUUCCGAAAUGACAGGAACAGUUGUCAACUGUGGGGGGAAUGGAGGGAUCGGCUCUGCAUCUCGUACUGAUUCAGAUACUAAUAAGCCACCGUCUCCGUGGGAUUGAUUUGAUUCACAGGUUGUAACGUGUUCGUUAUGUUCAAGUAGUCUGCACUGCUGUAUCAAUAAUGUAUCGUGGACCAAACAUUCGUGGGUCUCUUGGACGA